AUGAUACAGACGUCGUACCAUAGAGAUGCAGGUUGUGGGUGGGCGGAAAAGGUUAAGCGAAGGCGGGCGGGAGAGUGUUAGGAGGAGCUCAGUUAGCAAGUAGAAGUUGCUAGUUAGUGGUUGAUGAUGGCUCCAAAUGAUCCGCAAUCAAACCUUGCAUGAUUUCCCAUAGAAAUUGUGGUGUAUAUAUACAACCGUCGAGCUAAUUCUCUGCAACAAUAAUGGACAUGAGUUGGCUGAUGGAUACGAAGACCUUCUUGCAAGCUUACCCUGACAUCGUCUUAGCUUUCGUUUGCUUCGCCUUCUUCUUCUUCUUCUGUUACUGUUACUAUGACCGAAUCUGUCGUAGUAGGUCCAGAAUCCCAGUGAAUUGGCCAGUGGUCGGGAUGCUCCCGGCGCUGCUCGUCAACCUCCACCGCCUCCACGACUGGGGAACCGACGUGCUUCGGGAGGCCGGCUGCAGCUUCUGGUUCCGCGGCCCCUGGUUCUUGGGCAUGAACCAUCUGUUGACGUGCGACCCCGCCAACGUGCACCAUGUCUUCGGGGCCAACUUCUCCAACUACCCCAAGGGGGAGGCGUUCCUGGAGAUCUUCGACAUCCUCGGCGACGGCAUCUUCAACUCCGACGAGCAGUCGUGGAAGGAGCAGAGGACGAAGGCCCAUAGCAUCAUGAGCGGUCGAAGGUUCCGGACCUUCGUCGCGGAUUCUGCUCGAAGCAAGGUGGAGAAGGGGCUGCUCCCUCUCAUCCACCACAUCGCACAGCGAGGGGUGGCGGUGGACCUGCAAGAUGUCUUCUUGAGGCUGACCUUCGACACCACCUGUAACUUGGUUUUCGGCGUCGAUCCGCGUUGCCUCUCGGUCGAGUUCCCUACGAUCCCGUUUGCCAGGGCGAUGGACGACGCCAUGGCCGCUUUGCUUACCAGGCAGACGGUGCCGCCGGCUUGGUGGAAGCUGAUGAGGUGGUUGAGGGUCGGCGAGGAGAAGAAGCUGGCGAUGGCAUGGAAAGAAGUGGACCAUUUCAUAGCCGAACACAUAGCGGAGAAGAAGAGAUCAGGUGAAGCGAAUGACGAUAUGCUAUCGGCUUAUAUCAACGAUAAUGACGACGAUAACGAUCGAGCUAUGGAUGGGAAGAGAUCUACCGAGUUCGACAAGUUCCUCAGGGACACGGCCGUGAACUUUAUGCUUGCGGGGAGGGACACAACCGGAGCAGCGCUCACAUGGUUCUUUUGGCUGCUGUCGCAGAAUCCCAUGGUGGAAGCAAAGAUUCUGAAGGAAUUGGAGGAGGCGACGUCUCUACGAAAAGAAAGACCGAGCUCCGACGAGCUGAUCGUGUUCGGCACCGACGAGCUCGGGAAGAUGGUCUACUUGCACGCGGCAUUGUGCGAGUCAUUGAGGUUUUUUCCUCCGGUUCCUUUCGAGCACAAGAGCGUGCUGCAGAGUGAAGUCCUCCCGAGUGGCCACAGAGUCGGACAAGGGACAAAGAUCUUGGUGUCGGCGUACGCCAUGGGAAGGAUGGAGGGAGUGUGGGGCGGUGAUUGGGCGGAGGUCAGGCCAGAGAGGUGGAUCUCGGAGAAGGGGAGGAUGAGGUAUGAGCCAUCGUACAAGUUCCUAGCAUUCAACUCAGGACCCAGGGCUUGUCUGGGGAAAGAUGUGGCCUUCGCCCAGAUGAAGACGGUGGUGGCUGCAAUGGUGUACAACUUCCAUGUGGAGGUGCUCCGAGGCCCUGUGGCUGCACCAAAGCUUUCCAUCAUCCUCCAGAUGAAGAAUGGCCUGAUGGCGAGGAUCGAGAGGAGGAGGGAUCGCAAGUGAUGAAGUUGCAGUGCUGCGUGUGGGAUAUACGUAAUAAAAGGGACUUACAUCUUUGAUUGUAGCCUAUAUAUAUGUAUUGAUAAUGAUCGAAACGAAAUAAAUUAUAUAUGCAUCUAGUAGCCAUGCUUAUAUCGGUA